ACUGGGUUUCCUCCUCCAUGUUGUUAGCUUUGGGACACCAGAUCAUUAUCACUUAUCAAGACCUACGUGACGGAAUGACCAGUCAAUGCAGUUGCUAUGUCUCCACUUCUGGAUCAUGUGGUCCUUGGAGGUGGUCAGGAUGCAGCAGCUGUCACAACAACCGACCACCGCGCUGGGAAGUUUGAAGCCAAAUUCUACGAUAAGCUUCUUCAAGAGGAAAUAGGUGGCCUGAAAGGUCACUUCGGACCAAUAAAUGCUUUGGCAUUCAACCCAGAUGUAAAAGGUAUUGUUUCUUUGAGUUCUGGUGCUUCUUAUUUCCUAGAGAUUAAACUUUUUAAACUGAUGACGACAAAAGCUUAUGAGUUUAACUAGUAUAAUUCUUGUCAGGGGAGUCGCUGUUUAUCUCGUUAACAUGUAGAUGCAUUCUGUCUAAAAACCUCCUUAGGAUUUGGAAGCAGUGACGGAUCCAGAAAUUUUCUACAAGGGGGUCACCCCUUCAAGAUCAGCCAGCCAUAUACCUUUGAAGGCCCAUCAAUUUUUAUUAUUAAUUUGAAAGAUGAGUAUAUAAAUUUAUAGCAUAUAUUUUUCUUGCAAGUGUUAGUUACUUUUGAGCUUGUAGAAAAACUAAAAACAAUGUAUUAUAUUAAAAAAAAAUAAGUAUUUUUAUAUGAAAGUAAUAGUUAUAAUACUCUCUCCGUCCUGAUUUGUUUGUCUUCCUUUUGACUUACUUCUGUUCCAAAUUGACUAUCCAAUUUCAAAAAAUAUUGGGUUAGAUUAUGUACAUUUUCUUUUCUGCCCUUUAUCCUUUUCUUUUAAAUUGUACUCCUACAAUUCAAGUAAUAAUAAAAAAAAUCAACAACAGCCUGAAGAAACUGGAAACUUUCUUCUGUUUUUUCAUUGUAUUUCUAAAGAUUAGAUACAUAGAGUCAAACUAUACACCAGAUUCUAAAGAUCUUGAAAAAAAAGAAUUCUGGGCUUGGUAGAUGUUAAGCAAGGAUUAGUUUGAGUUUAGAAGAGAUAUGGAUUGGUGGAGAGGGUGAGUAGGAAAGGAAAGAAAACGUGGAGGAAGAUUAGAUUACUAUGGAAAGAGAAGGAUUUCUAUUGGAAGUGGAGUAAUUUGAAUUUUAGUGGGAAACCAUCUCUCGAGUAAAAAAGAGAAUGAUUUCUAUUGGAGAGUUGAGUCUAUAUAGUGGGAAACCACUUCUGUGAGGGAAGGAAAAUGUUUGAAAUUGAGGAAAAUUUUGAAAUUGAACCUUAUUUCUGCCCUCCAAAUGCCAAUUACUUUUGGAACCAUUUAAACACUAAAAAAUUGAAAUGGUGGAGCUGGGACUUGAACUUGGAUCGAUAUUGUGGAGAGCCAGCGCCUUACCGCUGGAACACUAGAGCAGAUUUUCAAGAUUUUAGGCUAUUUAAUAUAUUCUACAUUUUUUUUUCAAGGGGGUCACGUGACCCUUCUGUGCCUACACUGGAUCCGCCCCUGUUUGGAAUUAUAUGACUUGUAGCUCAUUAAGAUGGCUUACCAUAGCUAGUGUAAUUUCGGUUAUUGGUUCGUUUCGAAAUAUUGUGGAUAUGGAUUUUCUUUGUGCAUGGCUAGCCAUAUUUUGUUUUCUCAAAUAUGGUGCACACCUACACGUUUUGUUGGGAGACAAAAGUAGGGAAUCCAAACAGCAAAAGCUAAAUGAUCAGGACUCAUUUGUUUGCAGAAUUCACAAGGGUAUUUAGGCAGAGCUGGCAUAAAAUCCAACUACAAGCAAUGCACAAACAGGAAACACAGACUCAGUCUCAGAAAGGUCAACUGGAGUACGGUGACCUG